CCAGUGAAGAAACAGUUUCCCAUCGGAAAUUGAAACAGUGCCAAGUGUUUCAACUAGUUCGACCGACAGGAAUAUCUGCAUGUGCUUUCGAUAUUGUUUAGAGUAUCCAAAACCACCAAGGAAUUCUAAUCACAGUACUUGCGUAGUAAUGAGUUCUACUAACAACAGCACAUCCAAAGCGACGAGUAGAGGACUAUCGGCUAUCCACUGGGGCCUUGUGAUGCUAAUGACCGCUUCCGUGACGCAGGCUGCAGAUCAAAGAUUUUGCGGAAAACAACUGGUUGCCAUGCUUUCAAUGCUGUGUGAUGAAUUUCCGGAUCUACACUAUGGCGUAAAGAAGUCAGUGAUCGAUUUCGAUAAAACUGACUAUCCAGUCGACGUCGAGGGAUGGGGAGUCAUGUAUAACCAGGACCCGGAUACAGUGAAUUCCAACGAUAUCAUUAUUCCGACGAAUCACGUGACGGCACAGGAAGAGCCAAUUUGGAUGUCGAUGAUGUACCCGCAGAGCUACGGAUUUCGAACUGCGAAUGGUCGAAACGAUCUGAUUCCAUCUCGAUUCCGGAAAAGUCCACGUGGUAUCGUUGAUGAGUGUUGCUUACGACCGUGCGGAAUGAAACAGCUACUCAAGUACUGUAAAACAGUUGCCUAGAUCAUGCACCAUUGUUAAACGAGAUCGGAUUUCAAUAACAUGUUUAAUUUUUAUUACAAUCUUAGUUAUUAAGAAUAGAACAAACCAAUUGACUUAGGGUAAUUUGUAUCUCAUACAGGCAUAGCCAUAAUUGUGAUAAUUGCUGUGAGCAAAGAUCAACGCUGAUUAGAAGAUUUUUUAUGCUUUCAGAACUGUGAAGAAUAGACUGUAGCAGUGGAUUGCAUUAAUUUUGAAAAGGUUGAAACAAUGAAAAAAAAAAAAUUAUUGUUAUUGUGUCCGCAAAUGUAAAUACAAAUAUUUACACUGGAUAAA